CUCCGUUCCCACUGAACAUGGCGACUCGCUCCACCUUCCCUUCUCCGUGAUCCCGGAAUAAGUCCAUCGCUCCGAUACGUCAUCGUCCUUAUCGAGGGAGGUCUUCGGUAUGGCAUCGGAGCUCGGUUUCACGGUGGACACGUUCGGGAUGAAGUUGCGGAACGGGAUCUCGGAAGUGAAGGGGAUGUUCUCGGAAUUCACGAAAUACAUAUCCCCUGCGUAUCACCACGACCGCUGCGAACGAAGCGUACAGAUGAGACUCUAUUCUAUGUCUAAGAGGGAAUUCCUUCUCGUCUUCCUCGCCUUUUUCGCACUUCUUGCCGUCGCCCUUCUCAUCGGCCUUUCCGGGCCAGAGAUCACGAUCACGGAGAAGCGAGAAGCUUGGGAAUUGAAGCCGAACGUGUCGGAUGUGAGCACAGGACCAUUUCUCAUCCGGAGCCCGAAGUUCUCAACUUACGCUCGACAACUCUGGGUCAUCGCCAAAAUCGUGAUUCAAGAUCGACCCGGAGAGAGCUUCACGACGAAGUUCCAGGUGAGUGUGGGGAUCGAGGGCGUGACCUCGGAUCACACAUCUCGGGUCCUUCGACCCGACACGGCCCACAACAGGAGCCACGAGUUGCGUUGCGCCAACGGGGAGUGCGAAGAGGUGAACGUGGCCCAUCUGGGGUUCCUCAGCUUCCCUUCCUAUGUCCUCAACAUCAGAUUCUACGGCCUUCAGCAUCAUUCCGUCUCCAACGUCAUCUUCUACGUCCGUCUGCUCCCUAUUCCGUUGCAGCCCAAUCUUUUGAGAUCAUUUGACAUAGACAAGAUCUUUUCCUCUUUGCAGUUCAAAUGUUACAAUCCGUCGUUUUCCCAGCUGGAACUCUGGUUUCGUCUCGUCUUCCUCGUCCUUGCUUUCCUCUUCGCAUGCUGGUUCGUGCACAAGAUGCGUCGGUUCUACUUCCAAGACUGGGCCCUGGAGCAGAAAUGGAUGGCCUUACUCCUUCCCUUGCUUUUCCUCUAUAAUGACCCAACGUUCUCUCUGGUGUUUUUGUUCCAUUCGGCCAUCCCGAGCAUCCUUGACGCCACUUUCCAGGCCACAUUCCUUUCUGCCCUCCUGCUCUUCUGGCUCUGCGUCUACCACGGACUACGACAGAACGAGAGGAACUUCUGGACGUUCUACCUGCCCAAGCUGAUAAUUGUGGGAUGCCUGUGGACCUCGGCAACGGCCAUGUCCAUCUGGUUGACCACCAACCAGCUCCGGGACCCCACCUACAGCUAUCAGGUGGACCCUACUCAUUUCCAGGUCAGCCAUUAUUCAAAUACCCAGCCAGUCGACGACGACCUCCACCCAUCUCAAAAUGCAAGGCUGAAGUUCACAACCCUCCUGAUGCUGGUGGUCCUGAGUAUUUCCAUCAGUAUCACUAUUCUUCGCUUUGGAGUUGGAGUCCUUGAAGACCAAUUCGUGAGCCAGUUAAACACUACGUAUGGGAGUUCGGCUGAAUUCCUUGCAUUUUACGCCCUGCUCAAUCUCUAUCUCUUCACCAUGGCAUGGGUUUAUGCUCCGGCCGAUCGACCCAUCUUUGACAUGCGGGUGAUGAAGGACAACCCGUCCUUCUCGAUGGUCAACGACUCGGACGAGGACAUCCUAUACGCAUCCGAAGACGAAUGUCGAAAACCACUCACGGGGCUGGGACUUCGUGGAGACGACGAUGAAGAGAGCGACUGACGAUCAUCCUGAGAUCAGGCAACGAAUUCUCUACUUAUUGCAUUCGAAUUUCAUGUCACCUCCAAGGCAUGUAGAAUUCAAUGCCAUGAGGAGAAAAUGCUUCACCAAAGUUUACAUUCCCCAUAUUGACCAUGUCUUUAUUUUCUCUUGUUUUCUAAGUCCGUCUCUGUGAUAUUAUACCAUUGCAUCCUUCAAAUGAAAACCGGC